GCUUCACAUUUGCCUCAACUAGAUGGGAGGGAUCGAUGCACGAUUACCACGUAUUCAGAGAAUGUGUUUACGGCAGGGGCAAACAUAUGUUUCCCCAUCCGCCAAACGGUAAAUACUACUUGGUGGACAGUGGCUAUCCAAAUAGCGACGGAUAUCUCGCACCAUACAAAGGCUACACGUACCAACUAGAAGACUUUAGGCGUUCACAAAAACGGCAUAUGGAUCCGUACGAAUAUUUUAAUAGGUGGCACUCAUCACUUCGUUCUGCAAUUGGGCGGACAUUUGGGGUGUGGAAAAGUCGGUGGAGAAUGAUGAAGGAGACCUCAACUUAUCCACUUCGCAUUCAUAAGCUGUUUGUUAUUGCUUCCAUGGCAAUACACAACUACAUUAUACGGAAUUCUGUACACGAUGACGAAUUGGAAGAAGCGAUCUGGAAGGACGAGAGGUACGUGUUCUAGGAUCUGCCAGACAUUGAUCCCACAUAUGUGGCGCAGGAGGACACUGAAGGUUUCCUAUAUCCUCAGUCUGCAAAUACUUUGGACAUGGAAGUCGUGCGGCAUGACAUAAUGACA